CUGCACACACCUCACUUUGCAUUCUUACAACUUGCACUGCGUCCAGCCUCAAAGACCUCUCAGCGCUUUGCGCACAGGCACUCUCACAAUCUCCGUCAACACAUAUCAUUACCCGUCCUUUGGCCACUGUUGCUGUCGCCAACAUGACAACUCCGCCAUCAUCACUCCCUUCCCCGACACCGUCUUCUGGCUCCUCCCAACACCAUCACAAGCCUCAAACCUUUUCGUCCAUUGCCGCUCACAACCCGCACUCCUCUUCCUCCAACACCGCCUUUGGCACGUCCCCAUCCGGCCCCAGCCGUCUAGGCGCCCCUGGCGACCGAAUGCCGCCCCGCGCCGAGGCCUCUAACAACAAGUCCGGUGAAGACGCUCAGCAGAGUUCUCAGUCUCAGCCGUCUUCGGGUUACCAAAAUACGUCGUCGCAUUUCCUGCCCCCGGUCACAACAUCGCCACCCCCUCACGCUCCGCCUUACGUUCCCCCCGCUCAACACGCCAUGGCCCCCGACCCAAUCCACACUCUAUCUCUCGCCGGCCAACCUGGUAACGUUUGGGGAUCAGCCUGGCGCCCAGGUCCACCUGGUGGGCCUCCUGGAGGUCCCAACUAUGGUCAGGCAGCAUACGGGCGCGGUGCGCCCAACGGCCAUGUCACCCACCAGUUGCCGCCCAAUCCCAUGGAGGCGUACGGCCCCGGCUCGCGCCAGUCGAUGACUUCAACUCCGGGCGUCGGACCUUUGAGUGGCAUCAAUGGCGCCCACUCGGGGCGCUCUGGUUCGCAGCCGGGCGAGCCACGCGAUCGUCGCCGAGAGCGUCACCGUGACGAGGAGAGCAGGGACCGUGACGAGGAGGAGAUCAUCAGCACCAUCUUCGUCGUUGGCUUCCCCGAUGACAUGAGCGAGCGAGAGUUCCAGAACAUCUUUACCUUUGCACCGGGUUUUGAGGCGGCCACUCUAAAGUUCCCGUCUGGCUCCAGACGCGAGCCUGCCGCCGCUGUUGCUCUCCUCGCAGAGCUGCAGCACCUCGCCUCCCAACAGAACGUUGCUCCUCAGAUGGGCAACCAGGAGCACUCGGAGCAGCAGCUCGAGGAGACGUUUGCCAACAUGAACUUUGGCGGCACUCAGUCUUCGACUGCCUCGAACACUCCUUCGGCGGCAAUGUCGCUUACGCCCUCCGCCCCGAGUGGGGCUACGCUCGCCCCGUCAUCCUCUAUGCCGCAGCAGGUGCCUCCACGCCGCCAGACCAUCGGGUUUGCAAGGUUCAAGACGCGGGGCGAUGCUCUGUCCGCGCGUGACCACCUCCAGGGAAGACGCAUCGACACGAUCACAGGCGCCACCCUCAAGGCGGAGAUGGCCAAGAAGAACCUUCACACGAAGCGCGGCGCGGGUGACAAUGACCUCGUGGGGCUUCUGUUGCGCUCUGGCCGCCUUUCGCAGCUCGUAUCCCAGCAGCAGCAGCAGCAAGCCCAGGCCAUCUCGGCUGCCAACGCUGCCGGGCUUGUGCAGUCCAACUCUGGGCCUAACAUGGGCCUCCAGAGCCAGAACCCUGGAGCGAUCCAGUCGGCAAAGGAGGCAUGGGACGCUUGGCCGGCGCCUGGUCAGACUACUGCCGAUAACAAGACGGACAAGCUCAACACCCAGCAGGGUAUGGGCUCAUCGCACUCUAAUACGUCCGGAUCACCUCCCCUGUCUGGAAAGUCGCCCAACUCGCGCCCUACAGACAGCAAAGCACUUCUCGCGCUUGCGGAAGAGGCUGACGAGCUCGAGGGUUGGUCCGUUGGCUCUGUUGGUAUGGGAGGCAUGGCGCUCGAGGGAUAUCCCAACACUGCCUCUGGUGGUCGCUCCGGCCCGCUCUCGGCUGGACCUAUUCAUGGCCCCCAGUCUGGCAUGGGAGGUUCUGGCGGGUACGGAGGGUAUGGCCAGCACGGGUCGUACUCGUCUGCCCUUGGCUUUGGCGCUGGCAACGACAGCUCGAUCGACCCCCGCAGUCUCGGCAUCACUGCUAACAUGAACCCGGCUGAUCAAAACCCACCGAUCAACACGCUGUACAUCGGCAACCUGCCCGCUAUCUCGCCUCCCACGCAUCCCCCAAACUUCUUGGAGGAAUCGCUUCGCACUCUGUUCUCGCGCCGCCCCGGCUUCAAGCGCAUGUCUUUCCGGCAGAAGAUAAAUGGGCCCAUGUGCUUUGUCGAGUUCGAGGACAUUCCGUUCGCGACACAGGCCAUGCGUGACCUCUACGGCAACACCCUCAAUGGUCUCGUCAAGGGUGGCAUCCGUCUCUCCUACUCGAAGAACUCGCUUGGACAGCGUGGCAACGCCCACCAGCAGGCAAUGGGCGGCUCAAUGUUUGGUGGAAUCGCGCAUGGCGUUGCCGUUGCCGGCAUGUCCAACACACCGUCCGGCAACCAGAUGGCUCCUGGUCCUCCCGGCCCCGGCUCCUACUCGAUGGCCGCCUCGCAGCCUGUUCCGAUCGGGCCGCCUGGUAGCCAGGGUGGGGACCGCCGCCCUACCGAGGGUCCCUCGUCGCUCUCUCCGACCGCCCAGCCGUUUAAUGCUCCGCUGGCCACUUCGCCGAGAACACAGCGGUUCUACGAACCUGGCCCGCUUGACCGCCAGAACAGCAGCGGGUCAGCCAGCGGCUCGACGGCCUCGCAGGGCACCGCGAUCCCGGGUGCCGGCGGCAAGAGCGAGGCGGCAUUCAACUCGUUCGGUCCCUCCUCUGUCAGUGGCGGCUUCUCGCCCGUCUCUUCUCCCAUCCGUACUCCCGCAUCGUUGGGCUGGGUCUCGUCCUCGGCUGCUCCCGGCAGCUCCGGCAACACUUAUGGCGGGUUCGACACGUUCGGCAUGCAGCACCACCUGCCGUCGCUCAACGGCGCUGCCAACGCGUGGGGCCAGUCAAACGCCAAUCAGUAAACCUCGAGUACAUCAGACCUAGCCAUAUCCGUUACAAUCCCAUCGAUACCCCGUCCCGACAUAUUUCCGACAUAUCGCGCACCCGCACGCUUGCUUUUGGGUACCAGUUUCCGCACACGGACGUCUCGCGCGACCGC